UCUCGGCCAUCAAAACAGUGAAGUCCCAAACUACUGUCUUGCUCGUACCCUUUGGUCCUUUCCGCGGAUUGUGCGCGAUAAUCGUGAUCAAACCGACUACAGAUGAAUAUCCCCGGUACCUAUCUCUGUGCAGGAGUUUGGGCGCCCAACGAGGUGCACUUGCAAUCUUGAGAUCGGGUUGAGGUUGGGUUUUUGCCCACCGAGUGGUUUCCUUUAUGGCUGCGUCGCCAGCUCAGGUUAUGGAGGAUUUAAGUGAACUCCCAUCGCCGUCUGAUAUUCCAGCGUUGUUUUCCUGUAGAUCUUUUCAGCAGCUCUGUCAGGCCUCCUGGCGGCAACGCCGGGAUUAUUCCACCUUUCGUCCCCCCCCCGGUGCUUCACAAAACACUCAAAAUAUCCAGCAGCUCCAGCGUGAGGUGAACGACCUCAGGGCUGACCUGACCAACGCCAGGUCGUGGAUCCAGAACUUAGCUCUACGGGUUCCUCCUGAGGUUCUUGCGAACAAUCUCUGGGAGUCUGUUCCCAGACCUCCUGCCCCAAGUGGUAGUGUUGGUUCGGGCAACGGUGGUCCAGGUAGAGGCGGUGGUGAUUCCCGAACCUCUACCGUAAGUGGCCCUGCGCUUACAGAUGCCCCGUGUGCUCACUUAGGUACUGAUGGUCCAGGAUCGUUGGGGGCACCACUGCUGUUCAGGUUGUGUCCGAGUCUAUUCCUCUUGGUGUUUGGACUUGGAGGCUCUUUGAGUUUGUUGCUCUACUGAGUCCUUCAGGCUAUGAAUAGGUAUCAUAUGAU